AUGGCAACACCCUACCUCACGAGCCUGGAUGGCUUCCCCUCAACGUUCCCGUCCACCACACCCAACGUCCUCGACAGCCCCAUCACCACGGAAACCGAUGGCCUCCAGGGUUCGAGACGCAGCACCGCGCUCCUAACCACGAAGCUCACGUCCGUGCUGGCCUCGUCAUACGCGGACCAUGAAAUCCGAGACACCCUCCGCCUGCUCGACACGCGGGGCGUUACAAACGACGAAACCACGCGACGGCACCUCAAAGCAAACGCCCAGAAGGAGGUGAUAGACUGUGAUGCGCGCAUCGUGGCGGACUUUGGCGACGUCGCGGCCCAGCUCCGGCGGGUAGGCGACAUGAUUGGCACUUUGAACGCCACGUGCGCGGCCAUGAGGACGCACGUCCUGGCGGCGAAGAGGGAGAGUGGGCCGACGUUGGAAGAGGCAGGGCUGCUGUUGAAGCGGAAGCAAGACACCGAGCGCAAGGAACAGCUUCUCCGGGCAUUUCGGAGCCAUUUCCUCGUCUCGGACGACGAGAUGGCUCUCUUGACUGGUAGUACUCUCGAUGUGGAUGAGCGGUUCUUUACAGCGCUCGCGCGCGUCAAGGGCCUGCAUAGGGAUUGUUCGUUGCUUUUGGGGUAUACUGUAACUUCGACGGCGUCACCGAGUGGCUUAACAUUGACGGCACCGGAAAUGGAUGACGAAGGCUCCUCGCGGCUUGGUAUGGAGCUGCUUGACUCGACGACUCGCACGCUCGAUGCAUCGUUUCAGAAACUCUACGGCUGGAUUCAAAGUAGGUUUAGGACGCUUGACAUUGAGGACCCGCAUAUUUCGGGAGGUAUCCGGCGAGGUCUGCGCGUCUUGUCCGAACGGCCUACCCUGUUCCAGAAGUGUUUGGACUUCUUUGCCGAGUCGAGGCAGAAAACGCUGAGCGAGGGGUUUCAGGACGCAUUGACGGGAGCUGCUGGUGGGCCCGGCUCGGGCAAGGCGAUUGAGUUUUCGACCCACGAACCUUUGCGCUAUGUCGGCGAUAUGCUCGCUUGGGUGCAUAGCGUUUGUGUCUCAGAGAAGGAGGCUCUCGAGGGGCUGUUUGUUGGUGAUGAGGAGGAGUUGGCUAGAGGGUUGAGCGAAGGGCGAGCAAGUGAGCCGUGGGCAGAGAUUCGCAGUGUCCGACGGGGCAGUGGUGUUUCUGAUGACGAAGAAGAGGGUGAAGAGCACGGAGUGUUCGAUGGCAGGAAAGCUCUUUCGGAGCUGAUAUCAAAGAACCUGUCGCUCGUGUGUCAAACUCUGCAAUCGAGGAUUGACAUCACGGUACGGACGAGUGGAAAUCCUGUUUUCAUGUUCAAGGUGUUUAACCUGCUGGACUUCUACCGUGGCAUAUUCGCAAAGUUGCUGGGCGACGACAGUACUCUGACAAAGAUUGUUCAGCAACUCCAGGCUUCCACGCUCUCACAGUUCGAAAAGGCUAUGGAGGAAGAGACCUCUGCCGCCAUAGCAACGAUGGAUGCAGAACCAACGCCGGAUUUGACGCCUCCAGUGUUCCUAGCUACCGCAUUAUCGCAAUUUAGCGAGAUAUGUCGGGCGAGAGGACCACAGAUGACGGAAGCCGAACUCGAGCGCCUCUACACAGCAGUGCUGGGCGGCAUCAUCUCCGCUUGUGCCGAAGGCGCAACUCAGAUUUCGGACAUGCGCAGAAGCUGCAUCUAUAAGAUCAAUUACAUGACCGCCUUGAAAGCGACAUUGGCCAACGUGUCAGCACACUCAACUGCGUCGCAGGUACCGCUCCAAAAGUCCGCCCAUGAGAUUCAAACCUUGAGAGAUCAUUUAGUCGAACUGGUCAGCACAACAUUCCUUGAGGACUCCGGCGUCGCGGACCUCACGCAGGAGAUUGAUGGACGAAGGACCCAGCCCUCUUCGCAGAGAAGGAAGUGGCUAGUGGAGAACCUUGAUGAAUCAGCACAACGCUUGGACGAAUUCCUCUCUUCUGCACUCAUGGAUGUGCAGGAAGCCCUUAAACCUCUCCUUGAUCGUACAUUUGCUAGCGACGUCGUUGCCGAGGCUGUGGAGAGGUUUUGUACUGACUUCGAUGAGUUAGAGAGUUUGUUGGAGACUGAGGACAUGGAGACUACAGAAACCGAACAAGAUAGGGGCGGUGAGAACGGGCUUGACGAGGCCGAUGUCAGCGAGGCGGUCGGCUCAUUGAGAGAGCUGUACCCUAGGACUGGGGCAGAGGUACGUGCUCUGCUGAGUUAG